AUGGGACCCAGUGUGCCUAGUUUAGACGACAGCCCGAGGAAGUCGGAGGAGGUGCAUACGAGCGUAUCUCCUGUCUCAGCAGAUAAUGACAGCAAGCUCAAUGCGCCCACCAAGGUCCCAUACGUCACCUCUGCUCUACGACGCGCCCACACCGUUGCACAAGGAAAGCACAUUGCGAAGAGAACAAACAUUGGCUUGGGAGCGGUAGGGGAGAAAGCGGCUCUACAUUUGGUUAAUGCCAAAGACAGCCAUGAGGUGCUGCGAGCCCGAUCCCUAAAACAACUUGAUUCCGAAACAAAGGUGACGCGUGAGGCUUUUGCCGGGCCAAGGGCAUCUAGCCACUUCACUGUGGGAAAUGUAGGCCAGAACGGUAAAAUAUUCCUUAGGCCCGUUCAAAAUCCGUCUCGCAAGGGGUCUCGUCGUGCACCAGCGGUCCCUCCAGGUAACCAAUCGAAGCCGGAAUCUCCUCAUCCACAAGGACAAGAUGAUAAUAACAAGAACGAACCCUCGCGAUGGUCCAAUUCGCAAUUGUCCGAGCUACGUUUCGUAGGCGAGGGAAAUGAAGACGAAGUUUCCUCGAUCGACUCGGGCCUCCCGCAGUCAAAUUCGCACCGGCGAGCCCGACAGCGUACCCUCCAAAGAUCCUACUCUUUCUCUACGAUCUCGGAACAGCGGUCGGUGUCGCAAGCUGGGACCAACACCGAGUUUCGGGUCACUAUCGACCGGCCAGAUGAUAGACCCUGGUCAGCGGAUGGAUCUUUCCAUCAGCACCUAGAGGUCCCAAUCCCGGACUAUCACUUGGGUAUGACACGGUUGACCCCUACGAACAACGUUUUACGAAGCUCGACGCACUCAAUUGAAGCAUUGAACUCAAGCACUGCUCGCAACACGUACCUACAUGACCGAGUUCAUCAUUCGUUCGCGCCUUCUAUAUUUUCCGGAGUGUCUGCCAUGGAUUUAAGCCGAAGUGCUGCCGUCAGCCCCGACCCAAUUGUCUACGAUCCAGGCGACUCCAUUAAACCCUCAAUCUUCGAGACAUUGGUGACGGUAAUGGAUGAUGAGUCUGUCGUUCGUUACGUCUCUGGCUCCAGAAAUAUUAGUGCUGCGACUCCUGCGCGCAUUGUUGCACAAAUAUCCUCCGAGUCCUUCAUGGACUAUGAGCUUGUAUCGGACUUUUUCCUCACCUUUCGACCUUACCUUUCUGCUGGAUCAUUGCUCUCCCUUCUCCUUGCACGCCUGCAAUGGGCGAUAAACCGAUUGCAGGAAGAUGGAAGAAUUAUCCGAAUCCGCACGUUUGCGGCCCUGCGCCAUUGGAUCUUGAAUUACUUUGUGGAUGAUUUCGUUCCUGACUUCAAAUUGCGAGCUCAUUUCUGCGAGACUGUCAACCGUUUAUACGACAGCGUAAAGGCUCGCCAGGGCGGGGGUAUGAGUGACCUGAAGAUCCUCAUCGAUCUCAAACGGUGUUGGCAUGGCAAGUGCUCAGCCUACUGGGACAUUUUGGACCACCAGCUCCCGUAUAAUAGCCCGGACCGCCCGAUUGAUCCUGGCGGCGAUGAGCCAGCAGUGGACGACCUCCAAAAUGUUGCCCCUACGCACAGCACUCAAAUGCCUGGUCUGGCCGAAACUGCCAGACACCCACCGUUAUUGGUGUAUCAUGACCGGAAUGACUCUACUGUCACGGCGAAAAGUAUGCCUACUUCGGCGGGUAGUGAUUGGAGCGCCCCUGCAAUGUCCUGCUCAUUGCCGCCGAAAUCCCCCAAACGCCAUUCAAUGCCCUUCUCCUCGACCAACGCCCCGCAUCCGGUACCUGUAAUACCGAAGCCGGCAGUUUUCUCCCAGGCUCCAGCGUCUCCUUUGUCGCCGGUUAGCGCAAGACGUGUCCCAUGUUACGGGCAUACGCACAAGCGCAGUGGUAGUUUCUCUGACUCCUUUCGGGACGAUAGAGCCCCCAUAUCAUUGCAGCGUUUGGAUAACAGGCGCUUCUUUCCCGCGCAGGAGCCCUAUUACCUUGGCGCUCUGGUUCGCGGAGAGCUAUACCCUCCUGUUGAGUCGUAUAUGACUAUGAUGGCUCCGCCCUCCCCACCCCUUCCCUCCCUGGCACCGGGUAUGCGCCUUGACCGGCGCAAUACUGACGGCUCCUCAAAACCUGUUACUUCCAGCUCAGGUGUAAAGACAAUCAUCGGGUCUAUCCGUCGAGCUCUGAACGGCAAGAACCCCGUACCCGGUGUCUUACCGCGCCCAGUCAACGGAUUGUCCCCCAGAGGAAAGACGUCGGCGCUCCCGACCAACGUCGCAUUUGGAUCAGACACCUAUCGCGACAAAAGAACUGCUCCCCCGGUAAAGAAGCCAACGCGCAUCGACAUCCUCUGCGACGAAGCUCUGCGGCAGUAUCGCCAGGCAUCCGGUGAGAAGGUCGAUUCAUCAGAUGUGAACGAGACGCCAGAGCACAACCUAGGACAUACUGCCGUUGAAGAGCCGGGAUCUUUUCUUCUCCCUCCUGAUCAUAGAACACAGAGUCGAAUAACGGGUGGCAGUGAAUCUAUAGUUAUUGUAGAUGACACAGGCCCGCCGGUCAUGUCCGGGGGUGUUGGGACCGUUCCUGUGGCUCUCGACCAACCUCCGAUGUUCCUAACCGGGGAGAACUCUCCUAUUACUCCCAAAGCUCAUACAUUCCUUGCGUCGUCUCGAGCAUCGACGCUCGGGGCCGAUGAGUACUCGUUGCCGAUUUACUAUGAUGAAACUAGUAUGAGGCAGUCAAGGAGAACUUUUGCGCUCCACAGGGAGUCUAUGGGCCCUGCAGCACAGCGGUCUUUCUCUAACGAGAGGGGUUCCUCUUUCUGGAAGAAAACGUCGCCGUCUGUGCGUCUCCGAAAGUAUGCCUCAUUCCAGAGUGGUUUCUCAAGGCAUCGCCCUGCCCUCGAUAGCGAAACCGACACCUCAACAGCUGGGUCAAGCAUUCUCGAUCUUGCGGAAAAGACAGCCGGCCCUACUCUUCGACGACGGCCUGGGGGCAAUCUGCGUCGGAUGCAGACCGGUGCGGACGCUCGAUCAUUACGCAACUCAGCCUCAGCGUGGUCUGAUGUGACCUACCGGAGCUCUUUAGCUGAUAGUACAGCUAACACGCUGGAGGAUCCUGCGUCAAGACCACAGACUAGCCUUGUUCCCCCAAAGCCUCGAUUCUCGCUAUUGAAAACGCAUUCGUCCCAGCUCAUUCGUCGCUCCUUUGAGUCCGCUAUUGCACGUUUCGCCCAGAUUCCCGACGAAGAUGACGGGGGAGUCGAGUCUGCCUUACUAAAACUUGAAGGUAAAUGGACGGGUGGGCCAGCUGGCGGCCUGGCAAAUGCUACUGCCGGCCCGAGUCAGCAAGUGCCUGUCAAUAACCUAGGUCGAGUUCGAGAAGGGUUGGCACCGCGCCAUAAUUACCCACGUGCUAGUACGCCUGUAAGAAGUCAUCAAGAACUUGGCGACGGCCUAACAUACUCUGAAGUACAGGCGCGGAUUCUCUACAGACCGUACUCUGAAUCAGUCGUGGACUCUGAAGAUUCAUAUAGUUCUAUUCCACUACUGGAACGAGGACUUAGCGACGAGUCCAUGAAGAAGCCCAUGGAAGUCGGCCAGCCCGCGGCACUCCAGACCAUCGCAUCCAAUGAGGAGUAUUCGGAUUUUGGAUCAUCACAUCCUUCUAUUGACGUGGUCAGGAAGACGGAAAGCAUAAAGCGCAUUCCGCGAGGAUUGACUCUACCUGUACCCCAUCACAAAUCUAGGGUAUCUCGUCUCUCUGGCCUAUCUUCCGAACUUUCUGUCGAUGUCAUUGACCCCAAGGAAGCCGCGGAUGCGCGUUUAUCAUUCGAUACACGAAGUCUCGAUGAUUCGGGUGAUGCCAUACCUCCUCAUCCUCUUGCACACCCGCCUUCUCCCCCUAUGACCAUCCAAAAUCAUCGGUCGGUUCAUUCACAUCGGGGUUCUCUCAACCCGAACCUUGCUAAGGCGCAGCCGCUUACCCCAGAUCCGUCCCCAAUCCAUAAGGCUGGGAAACGGGCAAACAUCCCGUCCUUGGAUAUGCAACAUGUGUCUGGUGAUGUUCUCUGUCGAUCGGAAGCCGAUCACCAACAUCCUGCGCUCGCCAAAGUUCCAGGCGCCCAACAUGUACCCUUUGUCCUGUCAUGUGAAUCCCACACCCUCGCCGAGCAGUUCACUUUGGUCGAGAUGGCUGCCCUCGGUGAGGUUGAUUGGAGGGAUCUUGUUGACAUGAAGUGGAAUAGUGGUCCGCCCUUCACCACCAGUUGGGUGCAGUUCCUUAUAGAUGAGGAGCGCCGGGGCAUUGAUUUGGUGGUAGGGCGUUUUAACCUCAUGGUGAAAUGGGUUUUGUCAGAGAUCGUCCUUACUCUGGAUAUUCAGGAGCGAGCUCUUACCAUCGCCAAGUUCAUUCACACCGCGGCACAUGCCCGGAGAAUAUGCAACUACGCCACCAUGCUUCAAAUCGCGAUUGCACUUACCUCAACCGACUGCUCCCGGCUCCAAACCACGUGGGCUUUAGUGCCAGUCGAGGAUAGGCGGAUGUUGAAAGAUAUGGAGAUGCUCAUCCAGCCCGUUCGCAACUUUCAUGACCUUCGUGUCGAGAUGGAGUCCGCGAACGUUCAAGAAGGCUGCAUUCCAUUUGUUGGACUCUACAUCCAUGACCUCACGUACAACGCCCAAAAGCCGGCACAGGUGGCAGCUACCCGGGAGGGAGAGCCACUAAUCAACUUUGAACGCUAUCGCACGACGGCGAGAAUCGUCAAGAGCCUCCUUCGACUGAUCGAUGCGAGCACCAAGUACAACGUCGAGCCGGUACCGGGCAUUGUUGAGCGUGUGCUCUGGAUCGCAUCGCUCUCAGAAGACGAGAUCCAAAUCCGCAGCAAGCUAUUGGUAUAA